AUGGGGCACGGAUCCAAAGAGCGCCAAUAUAGUUGGAAUAGCUCGCUUUCAAAACGAUUAGCGGGAGACGUCGGCGCAGCGACGAUAUCGGCUACACUCGUCGCACCAGCUAUCACAAUCAUCGACAGGUGCGCAUCUCUUUGUCCCUCUCUCCUCCAGAUUCUAUACUCACCGUCUGUCAGGGCACUUGUCGAGAAGUCCUCCUGGAAUCAGCCGCUCAUUCGCGGCCUCCGCACUCAUGCCCUUUCUGCUCUCAAACAUCCCGCCCGGUUCAUCUUCCAAGUCCCUUUUGGGAUCAUCUGGGCCUUGUACGCGGCAACCUACACCGUUGCCAAUGGGACCGACACCAUCGGCAAGGAGCUAAGUACUCCCGCGACAGGAAUGAUCACUUUCCUGUCGACCACUAUCGUCAACGUGCCCCUGGGAGUGUGGAAGGACAUUCGAUUUGCACAGGUCUUCGGGACGCAAAGGGCCCCCAGCGAUGUUGAUGCCGUGCGAAAGUCUCUGGCACAAAGCCGCGGCGUAGCACGGGCUGCCGCGGCCGUUUUCCUCGCUCGCGAUUGUGUUACCAUCUUUGGCUCCUUUACGCUGGCCCCGAAGUUGGCGGCGACGAUACCCGACGACUGGACCAGCCACCCUCAUGCCAAGCCGGUCAUCUCGCAGUUGACGGUGCCUGUCCUGACUCAGUUGGUUGCGACGCCACUGCACUUGUUGGGCCUCGACUUGUAUAUGCGACAGCAUGCGGUGCCCCUCUCGGACCGGAUCGUGCAGUCUCAGCGGUAUCUGGGGUCAUCCACGGUGGUCCGGUGUAUUCGAAUCAUCCCUGCGUUUGGCUUUGGGUGUCUUGCAAACAUGGAGUUGAGAUCAAUGUUUCAUAGGAAAGCGGAUGGAGGAGUGGAAGUAGGCAUAGAAUGGAUGCCCGCGGAUACGACGGAGACCGCGAUAGAGACGCCAGUUGAAUCACAUGGACCAUGA